CAUUUGUAAUUCAAAUCCAACCCUUAACUUAUAUUUCACACACAUACACAAACAAACACAAAUACUAACAAAAACACACACUAUUUUUGUUGUUUUCAUUCAUUACAUGAUCUUUUUAAUCAUAGUAUUCCUUCAUUCAUAUGUAAUCCUUUCACUCUCCCCUUUUGUUUUCCUUCCUUAAUUACCACACAAAUGGCCACCCGAACCGCAACCACACCCGAAAGACAUAACCCAAAAGACCAACGAACCAUUAAUGGUGCAAACAGUACUGAGGUUAGCAAGCAAGAAAUACAAGCAGCCAUUGCUAAAGCUGUUGAGCUCAGGGCACUUCAUGCAGCCCUGUUACAAAACAACAGCCCGGCCCAUCUCCGGUUACCGGCUCUGUCCCCUGUUUCACGCCAUGCAUCUCAACUCUCGGCCCAAGAUUACCCGGUUUUCACCCCUAGCUAUGAUGAUGUACCAAGAAAUCAAAGUUUUCCAAGUUGUUGGGAUGAAUCUAGUGUUAACGGAGGAGGUGGUAAUGAUGACAUGCGAUUCUUAUCUGAUUACAAGAACCCAAACACAUCAUCAAGAACAUUGCUGCCACCCGACUUGAUGAACAUUGUUCCUCAUACGUGCCCGUCUGAUGAUCAACAUUCUGUCACCAAUUCCUCAAACCACAUUACACUCCUCCGUGCGUCACCUGGAACCGAAUUCUCUAAGUCGAGAAGAAACAGCCUUGGUGAUUUUAGAUCAAUUACGUCCUGCAAUAAAUGCAAACCGGCAACACUUAGCACGUAUAGUAAGAAUAAUAACAACAAUAAUGCGGUAGAGAACUGUUCCAAGAAUCAUAAGUACUCUAACCUGGUGGUACCAAUGACUGAUUCUCAUUCUGCAGUUCAAUCUCAUUCAAAACCCAAGUCAGGAAUGAGUCUUUCUUGGUUGUUUCCUCGGUUAAACAAGAAAAAACACAAAAAUGUAGAAACUUCUCCAACGCGGAUAGAAUCAGAUGAUGUUUCUUACAGAGAGUCAGGUAUGAUAAUGUCAGUUGAGGCGUUGAAGAAAGAAUUAAUUGAAGCAAACGAAAGGCGGGAUGCAGCUUUAUUAGAGGUUUCAGAAAUGAAAUCUUCAAUAGGGGAUUUGAAAGAAAAGAUGGAGUAUCUAGAGAAUUAUUGUGAAGAGCUCAAGAAGGCUUUAGGUCAAGCAGUGUUACAAGCAAAAGAUUCUGAUAAUAGUCGAGUGAUAACGAGAGGGAGGCUUGCUGAUGGAGACAAUGAAAACAUGCCGGUUAGUCAUGAAGUGAUGGUGGAGGGGUUUAUGCAGAUAGUUUCUGAAGCAAGAUUAUCAGUGAAACACUUCUGCAAGACUUUAGUAGCUCAGAUUGAUGAAGGAGAUACUGCUUUACUCGAGAACUUAAACUCAAUUCUUCAACCCCAUAAGUUAUCUUUGAAUUCUAAGUACUCAAAGGCAGUUUUGUACCAUUUGGAAGCGAUAAUAAACCAAUCGCUUUAUCAAGAUUUUGAAAACUGUGUCUUUCAAAAGAAUGGAAGCCCAAAGCUUUUAGAUCCACAACAAGAACGCAAAGCACAAUUUUCUUCUUUUUGUGCCCUUAGAAACUUGAGUUGGAAUGAGGUCUUAAGAAAGGGAACAAAAUACUACAGUGAUGAGUUUAGUAGUUUUUGCGAUCAGAAGAUGAGUGGGAUAAUAACAGCAUUGAACUGGACCCGUCCCUGGCCCGAGCAGUUGCUGCAAGCUUUUUUUGUGGCAGCUAAAUGCAUAUGGCUAUUGCAUUUGUUAGCAUUUUCGUUCUGUCCAGCAUUGGGCAUAUUGAGGGUGGAAGAUAAUAGAAGCUUUGAUGGUGCAUUCAUGGAGGAUGUGUUUGUGGAUAGACAAAGAUCACAGAACCCCACUCGUGUAAAGGUUAUGGUGAUGCCUGGGUUCUAUGUGCAGGAUAAGAUUUUGAGGUGUAAGGUUCUUUGCAGGUAUAAAACUACAGGCUGAAGUAAUUGUCAAUCUUUUGUUUAUUUUUCUUAGUUGGUAACGUAAUUUUUUAUGGAUUCAAAUUUGAUUGUGCUGUACCAAGAGCUCAAUGUGUUGUAACUUAAAUAUUGUGGUGGGAUUAGCAAAUGUCGAUAGUGCUAAAGUGAGGGGAUCAAAGAGGAUUUAUGUGGGUUGUAAACUUGUAAUUUCACUAAUUUGUAGGAUGAUUUUUCUUGUUAGGCUUAA